ACUUUAGAGGCGCGUGUUGGUGUCUGUCAAGUUUCUCGCCAGUUUUCGUGUUGAAGUAAGAAAUAUAAUUGACCCAAAGUGCUCGGUGGUGUGCGUGUGUGUAGUGGCUAAGUCAUGGCUUCAUACAAAAUAAAUAUCAAACUAUGCCGCGCAUUGCAGAAACAAACGAUUUUGUACGAUAAAAGUAAUGAAGAUUAUAGGAAAAGAAUGCCUUCAGAGAAUUGCUGGGAUUUAGUGGCAUCCGAGGUCGGGAUGUCGGUGGAAAAGUGCAAGCGACGCUGGCGUCAGAUUCGUAACGAUUACACACGCUGGUUGAGCUCGGACGAGCAACGUCAACGCAACGGCCAAAAGCGAGCAACAAUCUUUUACUUGGCCGAGGAGCUUGAGUUUCUAAAGCCGCAGCUGGCUAUCUUCGACCAGAGUGAGCGAGCGAGUGAGUGUUCUUUCGAGCGCGAGCGAAACAGCAAGAGCAAGAGCAAAGAGCCGACGCUCGAGGCAAGCGGCUAUAAAGACGACUCCGACAAUAAUAACGAGGCAGUGGAGGAGCAACUGCUGUCCAAUCUAAAACGCAGAACUCUCGCCGAGACGGCGACUGAUCCUCUUACAAAAAAGGAAGCAAAAGCAGAAGGAAAGGAAAAAAAGGAAGAUCAAAUCGAAGACAGCGUUGGAGAGAUGGUUAAAGAAAAGCAUCACAAUAGAAACGAUAAGAAAGUGGAGGCAAAAGAAAAGAAGAGCAAUAAACGCAAGCGAAGCGUCACCGAAACAGACGAGGAAGAGCAGGAGGCCAACAGAUCUCAGGUCGACGACAAGGAGUCGUGCGAGGCCCCAUUCGAAUCGACUGCAGGUGUUGCGAAAAGCAGUUUCAAACAGCCCGAGUUCUUUGUCAAGCAGAGCAACAAUCGCGCAUCCAACAACCUUAUCAUUGGCAAGAAACUGGCACCAUCGCACCCAGAUCCCACAGAUCAACGACUCCUCCUUCAUCAGAUGGGCUACGACAGUCCCGAUGAGACCGCUAGCGUUGGUAGCGGUCGUCGUCUGCGUCGCACUCGCAACAAGCAGCUGACCAAGGUGGUCGUCGAGCAGCGCCAGACACGUCAGCAGCGUCGUCGAUCCAUGACCAUUGCUGCCGCCAACAGUCUGCGCAGCUCCACAUCUCCCGUUAAGAUGUUGCCGCUGCCCAGAGGUCGCAUGACUGUCAACGCCAAGACAACGCCGGCAACGAAGACAUCACCCACCAAAUUGCCCCCUGCCAAGAACCUCAACCCAACUGUGAACAUCCGCGAUGACAUAUUUCCACGACAACGUGAGGCUGUUGUCCCACCCCCACCACAACUACCACCACAGCAACAACAGCAGCAACAGCAGCAGCAGCAGCAGCAGCAGCAGCAGCAGAAGCAGCAACAGCAGCAGCAGCAGCAACAGCAGCAGCUGGUCAUAGCCCGACGACCGGGUGGUGCUCCGUUGCCCCAGCAGAGAUCGCACGUACAACAAGUCGCUUCACAGUUGCGUCUUAGUUAUACCGUUGCUCGUCAGCAGCCUCCAACCCGACUGGCCGCUGCAGCCGCUACUGUCGGUAUACCGUCGACCUUCUUUGGACAGAAUCAAUCUGCUGCAGGACUACGUGCUGUACCCCUAGUUAACUCUUUCGACGUGUUUAAGCAGCCCGCAACGGUCACUUCGAUAGCGACAGCAACGUCACAGACUCAGUCGGAGCCCCAGUCCCAGCUCAAACCCAAUUCCCAGCCCCAAUCCCAGUCCCAGCCACAGGCCCCGCCCAAAGUCCAAUCCCAGCUACAGUUGUCGCAGCGUCUUGUUUCGAAUGGUAACACUUUGGUGAUCACCGCCCCCAGUUGCCCCGUUAGCAGCUCCAACUCCAGCUCCACUUUGAGCACCGCAACGCAGACGGCUUCGAUAACAGCUUCGCCCAUUGUGAGCAUAACUCAGCCCAUGCUCGCGUUGAUCAAGCGCUGCGACCGGGGCAGCCAGACGGAGUCCCAGGACAAAUUCUCGGAUGAUCACUUCUUGGAUAUGUUGCGGCCGCAGAUGAAGGAGAUGAAUCCUCGCCAGAAAAUGCACUUCAAGCAGAAGAUCUUUCAUGCUCUAAUGCAGACAUUCGACGAUGCCACCGAUUUUCCCAACAGCGGCGAAGUGCAGCACUUUAACAUUAAUACGCCCUCGGGCUUCGAUCAUGUCACCGAUCAGGAGUUGCAUCUGAUUAGGGAGCUGGUCAGUUUUGUGAGCGCUAUCAAGCAUACACCAGAUCAGCCCUCGUGCUCUGCUGCCCCGUUGCCCGUUGCCAAUCAGCAAGUGGCGCCACCCAAGCAGCCCCAAGUCUUGCAGCGCAUCGUCCGACCGCAGCAAGGAGCGGGUGAGUCGCCAGUUAGCGAGGAAAGGAAAAUGUAUCGCACACUGCAGAUGAACAACAAUAGCAAGGUUCUUGCCCCGCCGCGUCGCGACAGCAUUGACAGCAACAGCACCAGCAAAAGUGGCGCCCCGAGUGGCGCCGCUCGCAUUGGCACCUUCUUGGUGCCCGGCAGCAAUCCCAAGUCUCCUCAGCAGUCGAAGGAAGCCCAUACAUCCUUGCUCUCUGGUCAAAGUGCCAGUGUCAGUGCCAUUGCUGGUGGCAGUCCUAGAGUGAUGCCCUUAACGGGCGCCGCAUCAAAGGCGCCCAUUCUGGUGCAUCAAAUGGGCAGACGCUACUCGGUCUGCGGUGGUGUUGGUGUUGGUGGGGGUGGGGGUGGUGUUGCUGGUCCCAAUCCCAAUCCCACUGGGGCGCUCAACUUAAUCACGGCAACGGAUGCCGCCAUGCUGAAUCGCCGUAUGGCGGCUGCCUCGAUGGCGCCAGUGCAGCAGCGAGCCCGCUACUCCCACAGUCCCGCCGCUGCUGGCGCUGCUGGACAAUCAAUUGCAGCUAUUGCGCCGGGCAACAGUUUGUUGAUGCGUCGCGCCGCCGGCAGCGGGGGACAGCCGCGCCAGAAGACGCCCACUGGACCCAGUGGUGCUCCAGUGGCGCAUAAGACGCCACAGAUAGCCAGUAUUCAGGGCAGCGCUUUCAAGGACUUUGUCACGCCCAGUUUGAUGCGCGGCGGCAACAACAACUCUGGUUCGGGUUCCAGUUUGGCUUCGGCUCCUAGCUAUGGUGGUGGCGUUGGUGCACAGCAGAAGCGCAAUUUGGUGAUUGCCAAUGUGAAGGGCAAUGUGCCGCAGAAGCCAAUGAUGACCACAGUGCGACCGCCACUGGCCAAACAACUGCCAAUGCCAUCUGCCGGCGGCAACGUUGCCAAUCUCCUAGGUGACCAACGCGUUCCGUCGCAGCCAGUUCAACGCCCCGCGGCGCCCCCCGCCCCACCGCCACGUAAGGAUUCUGAAAUGGCCUGCAUUAUAGCGGCGGAUGAUUUUGACAUGAGUCGCUUGAAGCGCGAGCCGCAGGACAUCGACGACGAGUCCAAUGACGAUUUAUUGGGCAUUUAGGCGCCGAUCAAAACAUUUUCAACGAGCAACAAAGUUAUACAAAUUUCAAAUGAAUUUCACACUAUUAUUUUAUUUCUUAAUAUCCACGAUAAAUUGGAUAUCCAUUCAAAAAUUACAUUAUUAAAUACAUGGAUAUUAUCCAAAACAUUUAUCACAUUAUCAUAUUAACCAAGUGCUUUUCUCGAGAGAUUCGAAUAUUGCUUAACAAAAGUCAUUGAAGACAAAAAAAUGUAUACA